AUGUAUAAAAACGAGAAAAUUCUUUGUUGAUCUCAUAUUUAAUUAAUUAAUUAUCAUCUAUAAUUUUAAUAUAUGCAUAUGCGCAAAGUUUGUCGUUAUACGACAUGAUUUAUUUAUUAUAUAAAUGGCCGCACUUCAACGCCCUCAACCUUUUUAUAUUAACUUUAAUUUGUUUACAUCUAAAUUUAAAGUUUUUACUUUGCCUUAUCUACGCUUCUUGUAACCAACGAACAAAAGAUUUCCAUCCCGGCAAGCUAUUAACAACCUCUGAAAAAUCCAAUCCACUCUCCGACUGCAUAUUUUCGCUAUCAUUGUUAUUAUUAUCAUCGCUAUUUUCUAUUGCAUCAUUAUUGUCUUUAAUAUUGAUAUUAGUAUUAUGUUCUUGUUUUCCUUCAAAAUUAUAUUUUGGAAUUUCUUGAGAUAUCAUAGAAUUUGUUUGUUCACAAAUGUCUUCCUUUUUUUCUUUUUCGAGAAUUUUUUGUGAAGCUGGAAACGAUCUACUAACAUAAUCUCCUAAAUUAAGUGAAAUAGAUCUUUCUGAUGUUAAAGUACCUUUUUGAUUUGUUGUUAGAGGUCCAGCAUUAUUUUUGGCGUCGAUCACACCCUUGUUGAAAUUCUUUACGGUUCCCGUUGAACUAGUUUGAGAUGCAUUUGCAAAAAUUCCUCCAAGUUUUCCUUCAGUAUUAACGAAGAAAUUGCUGUUAGAUAUAUUGUUAUUGUU